CCAGUAUGGAUCGCCCGACGAUGCCCCCGGCCCACCGCGACCUCCCGGACGACGUCACGCCGCCGGGCCACGAGCCCGUCAAAUACGUCGUCGGCCCCGGCGACCUCACGCGCGGCGAGCUGCGGCGAUUACUAGCGGACGCCGGCGCCAAGGCCGCGGAGCUGUCGAAUUUGAGUAGAGAUGAUUUAGUGUCCGUCGCCAAGGCGCGCAAAUUAGAAGGUCUGGAAGUGUCGGGGACGGGCGCCGUCGAAGCCAGAGCCAGGGACUUCCUCGCCGUGUUCUCGCGCUUAGAUAGGACGGUAGCGCUCCCGCCGGGCGCUGAAUUAGGAUUGGUGCUCGAGCGCGUCGGCGACUGGGCCGUCGUGGCCGAGACGCCCCAAACGACGGCUGUUAGAGUAGGUGAUGUUUUGAGCGAGGUCGACGGCGUGCCUUGUUUGUUAGAAGCCUAUGAUGACACGUUUAAGCUCUGUGCGGCCGCGCGACGGUCUCGAGUCCCGUACACGCUCACGUUCCGGCGCGCCCCGUUCCACAAGGGCUGGCUGCGGAAGAAGUCUCGCGGCCGGUCUGCAUCUAGAUUCAGCGGCCUGACGGGCUGGAAGCGGCGCUUUUUUGUAUUAAGGAGCGGCAAGCUCACAUAUUACGAGGCCGAGCCGCCGUCGGCCUCGCCCGGACGGAACGCCUCGAAACCGAAAGGUUCCUUCUCAUUGGCGCGCCAGUGCACGGUGCGCAUCCGCGAGACGGACGGCGUGCUCGAACUGGCCUUAACUGCGGCGAACGAUAGGUUAAUUGUGCGCGGCGCCGACGCGGGCGACGUGCGGAACUGGGCGGCGCUCUGCACCGUGGCGACGGCCCACGCGACGGGCGGGACGGCCCUGUUGCGGGACUACGAGCGCGAGCGGCUGGGCGUCGAGCGCAGGGAAGCGGAGCGGCGCGAGCGGCGGCGCCGCGCGAAUUUGGAAAGGAGGGAGAUGUUCAAGCGCCAGGCGUCGGAGCGGGCGUCCCUGGUCGCGGCGCAAGCUCGAAGGGACGCGCUGCACUCGUCGACGUCGUCCGAACUGCUCCCGGAGUACAAGUCGGACUCGCGAGCGAUCCCGCCGCCGCCGCUGGACACGCCGCCGUCGCGCGGCUCCUCCUAUAGACUCCCCGAGUGCUCGCCGGCGUACGCGGAGCCGCCGCCGCGUCCGACCCGCGCGACGUCCGCCGAGGAGCUGCGGGAGCGGUUCCGGAACGUGGGCCUCUCGGACCUCUCACCGUAA